AUGCGUGCGGGACUCUUUUUCUCUGCACUAAUGGCUGUGGCGACAGCGUCGCCAGUUGCGUUGAACGAUUUUGUCAAGCGUGACAGCGAAGACUUCGAUCCGAUCGAAGCGUGGCCCGGCAACUGGACGCUCUCGAACUGGUCUAACUGGACCAACAGCUCGAACGUGACGCAGUGGGAAUCGCCAAAACUGCAGGUUUUCAUCACGGGCGGCCACUACAAGUUGUCUAACUGGACGUCCUCCCCAGACGUCACCAUCACCUCGCUUUUCAACCAGACAAGCUUGAAUGCGACCGAGCUUUACAGCGUGGCGAGCUCGGUGAGCAAGUCCUUGGCCAGCGAUGCGUACACCGGUGUGGUGGUGCUUGGCCACGAAAAAGCGUUGGAGUCCCUCGGGUUCUUCCUAAGUGUCGUGGUGGACUCUCCCAAGAGUUUAGUGGUCACCUCAAAGCUGGACGAUGGUCUCACCGUGGCGUGGUCCGACGAUAGCUGGUGGCGCGGUACUUUGAUAGUCGACCAGACGCUCAUUUACUCAGGCGCCGUCUACACCCCAUCUACUCCCGGGGCUGUUUCUAUCGGUGCAGUUUACGACAAGACUCCUUGGUUCUGGUUCACUCCUGCGUGGCCAAUGUUACUCUCCCCCGAAAGCACCAUUAGAACCGAGUACUGGAAUUUCACUGAUGUCAUCCAGGCUAACUCUACCAUCAGCACGAACGGCACCACUAUUCCUAUUGUCUACGAUGCCUACUAUAACCCUGGCUUGUUGGAAUACUUGAGUGGCUCUAUCGACGGUUUGGUUGUCGUGUCAUCGGGUAAUUCUACGGGCUCUGAGUUUACAUCUGCCAGUAUUCCAAUUGUUUUCGCUUCCGAUGACUACUACCCUGUUUUUGUCGACGAUGUUCCUGCUGGCGCCAUAGCCGCGGGUGGUUUGUCGCCAGUGCAAUCCCAAUUGUUGUUGGCCAUCGCGCUUACCAACAAUGUGACGGCUUCGUCUCAAUUGCAAGAUAUAUUCUUCUCUUGA